GUCAAACGCACUCUAACCCGACAAGCCAAUUAAUCAGAUGGUUCGCCAAUAGGACAACGUGCCUCUUCUCUGUGUCUUGCCAUCCCCAAACUAGCAUCCGGUGCCUUGCAUAAUGACUUCCAGCGUAUUCGUGGACAGACCACUGAAGAAGAUCGCCUUAUUCGAUGUCGAUGGCACCCUUACUCCUGCGAGACAGCAAGCAUCUCCAGCAAUGCUUGAGCUCUUGAGCAAGGUCAAGAGAAAAAUCGCGAUUGGCUUCGUUGGGGGAUCAGACCUCGUCAAGAUCACCGAGCAACUCUCGAUCUCUGGAAACAACAUAUUGGAGGACUUUGAUUUCGCCUUUGCGGAAAACGGUCUUACUGCAUAUCGCCUUGGGAAACCUCUCGAAUCCCAGUCAUACAUCAAGUUCAUUGGCGAGGACAAUCACAAGAAGCUUAUCAACUUCAUUAUGCACUACCUUGCUGACCUCGACAUCCCUCUCAAGCGAGGUACGUUCAUCGAAUUCCGGAAUGGCAUGAUCAACGUGAGCCCUAUUGGUCGCAAUGCCUCUGUGCAAGAGCGCCACGAUUUUGAGGCCUAUGACAAAAUUCACGGUGUCCGAGCUGCAUUCGUCAAGGCUCUGAAGGAGAAGUUCCCAGACCUUGACUUGACUUACUCCAUUGGCGGCCAGAUCUCCUUCGACAUCUUUCCGAGGGGCUGGGACAAGACGUAUGCUCUGCGUCACGUCGAGAAGGAUGGCUUUGAAGAAAUCCACUUCUUUGGCGACAAGACCUAUCAGGGAGGGAACGACUACGAAAUCUUUACUGAUCCUCGUACAAUUGGGCAUUCUGUUACGCGUCCGGAAGAUACGAUGCGCCUCCUCACGGAGCUCUUCCUUUCUUAAGUUCUACUUUAUACCCAAGGUAAGAAGAACACGGAUUUAGAGUACUAUGUAGGAUGUGGUUGUUGGAUAACAGAACUUCACGGGAUGUAGACAGAGGGUGCCAGUGGUCAAGGUUAUAAAGGAUUCAUCGCGUGUACUGGUAAG